AGUAAUGACCCAAGAGGUUACAUGUGAGCUCUCCUUCCACCUGGCCUCACACAGCGACCCACUCAUCCAUCUCCUCAGUCCUGUAUAUGAAUACCCGCUAAACGGUCAAUGGAUUAUGAUGGACAUUGAUGAUGGUUACAUUCUCUGGACGGGCAUUUGGAAAGCGCUUGGCAAUUCAAAGGCCGACAUUGUAAAAAUGAUCGAUUCACAGCCUGACUUAGCCCCCGUUAUCCGCCGUGUACGGGGAGGAUAUUUAAAAAUUCAAGGAACAUGGAUGCCUUACGAGGUUGCCCUCCGCCUUUCACGACGAGUGGGUUGGCCAAUUCGUGAAGAUCUGGUACCUCUUUUCGGGCCCACAUUCCCAAGCACAUGCCUCUCCCCAGACCAACCAGGUUAUGGUCAAGUAGUAUCCACUGCAUCCGGCCGGAGACGAUCACGCCGGAACAACCAAGUGGUCGCACCUGCGCCACCUGUUCCUCGCGAUUCGCAAUCAUCAUGGGCCAUCCCCGCUGCAGGGCCAAGUGUUCAUGCCAUUCCAUCAGCGCAUUAUCUGCCCCAAGGACAACCAGCUUCCCUUCCAUCGAUGAUGUACAGAGACCCGCCAUCUUACUCCCAUCCGCAACCCACAAGUCCGCCCCUGCAUAUCUCUUCUUCUGCAUCUCCGAUCAUGCGCGAGCGCUCAGCGCGGUCGCGAUAUUCCCCUUACCCUGCUCCACCUUCUCGCAAACCUUCGAUUGCAACCAGUGACUCGGUUUCCCUAGACAUUCCUUCAAUUUCUCUACAGGAUAUGCAUUAUGAUAAUCGAAAUGGCAAGUUCCCCGGAGACCAAAUUGUGCUGCCUCCGAUCCAACCUUUGGCCCCUCCAAGGCAUAUUAACACUACAUCAUAUGCAUUGCCUCCCAUCUCUGCGCUCGAAGACUUGCGAGGAAUUUCUACGCACGACUCUGCAGCUGUGCUGGAACGUUUGAAGAUGGAUGACGAGUAUGCCGCGGAUGCCAGACACGAGGUCACUCAGUGGCCAAGGCAAAGAUCAGCGUCUACAUCACAUCAGCGGUAAUUAUUUUUCGUACCUGCAUGACUCACAAUAAUAAUGACCCUUUUUUUAUCAGACUACCACAAUCCUAUCCGCCAAGUUCAUGGCCGAAACGCGGAUCAUCAGGCACCCAUCGUUCCUCCUUGGAGGGGCCCUUCUGCGCGGAAACUUAUCGAACGCCACAUUC